AUGACACCAUCAGCUGUUCCCCCUGACCUUAACCCUAACCCUGUUACACCCUCCAGACCAUCAGCUGUUCCCCCUAACCCUAACCCUGUUACACCCUCCAGACCAUCAGCUGUUCCCCCUAACCUUAACCCUGUUACACCCUCCAGACCAUCAGCUGUUCCCCCUAACCUUAACCCUGUUACACCCUCCAGACCAUCAGCUGUUCCCCCUAACCUUAACCCUGUUACACCCUCCAGACCAUCAGCUGUUCCCCCUAACCUUAACCUUAACCCUGUUACACCCUCCAGACCAUCAGCUGUUCCCCCUAACCUUAACCCUGUUACACCCUCCAGACCAUCAGCUGUUCCCCCUGACCUUAACCCUGUUACACCCUCAAAACCAUCAGCUGUUCCCCCUAACCCUAACGCUGUUACACCCUCCAGACCAUCAGCUGUUCCCCUUAACCCUAACCCUGUUACACCCUCCAGACCAUCAGCUGUUCCCCCUAACCUUAACGCUGUUACACCCUCCAGACCAUCAGCUGUUCCCCCUAACCCUAACCUUAACCCUGUUACACCCUCCAGACCAUCAGCUGUUCCCCCUAACCCUAACCCUGUUACACCCUCCAGACCAUCAGCUGUUCCCCCUGACUUUAACCCUGUACCCUCCAGACCAUCAGCUGUUCCCCCUAAACCUGACCCUGUUAGACCCUCCAGACCAUCAGCUGUUCCCCCUAAACCUGACCCUGUUAGACCCUCCAGACCAUCAGCUGUUCCCCCUAAACCUGACCCUGUUACACCCUCCAGACCAUCAGCUGUUCCCCCUAACCCUAACCUUAACCCUGUUACACCCUCCAGACCAUCAGCUGUUCCCCCUGACCUUAACCCUGUUACACCCUCCAGACCAUCAGCUGUUCCCCCUAACCCUAACCCUGUUACACCCUCCAGACCAUCAGCUGUUCCCCCUAACCUUAACCCUGUUACACCCUCCAGACCAUCAGCUGUUCCCCCUAACCUUAACCUUAACCCUGUUACACCCUCCAGACCAUCAGCUGUUCCCCCUAACCCUAACCUUAACCCUGUUACACCCUCCAGACCAUCAGCUGUUCCCCCUGACCUUAACCCUGUUACACCCUCCAGACCAUCAGCUGUUCCCCCUAACCCUAACCCUGUUACACCCUCCAGACCAUCAGCUGUUCCCCCUAACCUUAACCUUAACCCUGUUACACCCUCCAGACCAUCAGCUGUUCCCCCUAACCCUAACCUUAACCCUGUUACACCCUCCAGACCAUCAGCUGUUCCCCCUAACCUUAACCCUGUUAGACCCUCCAGACCAUCAGCUGUUCCCCCUAACCUUAACCCUGUUACACCCUCCAGACCAUCAGCUGUUCCCCCUAACCCUAACCUUAACCCUAACCCUGUUACACCCUCCAGACCAUCAGCUGUUCCCCCUAAACCUGACCCUGUUACACCCUCCAGACCAUCAGCUGUUCCCCCUAACCCUAACCCUGUUACACCCUCCAGACCAUCAGCUGUUCCCCCUAAACCUGACCCUGUUACACCCUCCAGACCAUCAGCUGUUCCCCCUAACCUUAACCCUGUUACACCCUCCAGACCAUCAGCUGUUCCCCCUAACCCUAAACCUGACCCUGUUACACCCUCCAGACCAUCAGCUGUUCCCCCUAACCUUAACCUUAACCCUGUUACACCCUCCAGACCAUCAGCUGUUCCCCCUAAACCUGACCCUGUUAGACCCUCCAGACCAUCAGCUGUUCCCCCUAAACCUGACCCUGUUACACCCUCCAGACCAUCAUCAUACAGCAGAAUGCAGCUGGGCUCCAGCUCAGGUCUGGUUUCAGGACAUCCUGUCGCAGGUGGACUCACAUUCUGCCCUGAUUCCCACAGACAGGAAGCACUGAAGGACCCAGUUUCUUCCAGGCUGAGGUUCAACCCGAGUCCAGCUGCAUCAUCUCACUUUAUUCACACUGGAUUAUUAAUCAUCAGAGACUCAGAGACAAGUCCCACUCAGAGCAGAACGGAGCGUCUGAUUGGACGAGGAGGAAUGUUGGCUUGUUUCUAUACGUUGUGUAAAGCGACGCUGUUCCUGCUCAGCCAGCUGAGACGGAGACAUGAGUCCUCUCAGUGUCUCUGA